GCGCAUGCCACUCCUCACUCCUCAGCAUUCUUCCUUAAACAAUUAAUUAAACCUUCCGUAACCGCUGCCCAUCUCUCCAUCUCCCUUCCACUUAGAAUGGCCAGCAUCCAAUCCAUCCGCAAGGCACAGAGGGCCGAUGGCCCGGCGACGAUCAUGGCCAUCGGAACCGCCAACCCUCCUCAUGCCGUCGACCAGAGCACCUACCCCGACUUCUACUUCCGAAUCACCAAAAAUGAGCACAAAGUCGAGCUGAAAGAAAAGUUCAAACGCAUAUGUGAGAAAUCCAUGAUCAAGAAGCGGUACAUGCACCUCACCGAGGAUAUCCUCAAGGAGAAUCCGAACAUGUGUGCCUACAUGGCAUCCUCUCUGGAUGCCCGGCAGGACAUCCUGGUGGAGGAGGUGCCGAAGCUGGGGAAGGAAGCUGCCGUGAAGGCCAUCAAGGAAUGGGGCCGCCCCAAGUCCAACAUCACCCAUCUCGUCGUCUGCUCUACCAGUGGCGUCGACAUGCCCGGGGCCGACUACCAGCUCAUCAGGCUCUUAGGUCUCAAAUCAUCUGUUAAACGAGUCAUGCUCUACCACCAGGGCUGCUUUGCCGGUGGGACCGUACUUCGCAUCGCCAAAGACCUUGCCGAGAACAACAAGGAUGCUCGCGUGCUUGUCGUGUGCUCUGAGAUCACCGUCGUCACCUUCCGAGGCACCGACGACAUCCACUUCGACAAUCUCGUAGGCCAGGCUCUCUUCGCUGACGGUGCAGCAGCACUCAUUGUUGGAGCGGAUCCAAUCCAAGAUGUGGAAAGGCCGCUCUUUCAAAUGAUUUCGGCAGCACAGCUAAUAUUACCGGAUAGCGAAGGGGCCAUCGAAGGACACCUCAGAGAAGUGGGCCUUACCUUCCACCUCCUCAACCAAGUCCCCACCAUUAUAUCCAAGAACAUCGAGAAGAGCCUGGAGGAGGCAUUCCACCCACUGGGUAUCUCUGAUUGGAAUUCUUUGUUCUGGAUUGCGCACCCUGGUGGUCCGGCCAUACUUGAUGCGUUCGAGGCGAAGUUGAAGCUGAAGCCAGAGAAGCUACGAGCAACGCGGCACGUGCUUAGCGAGUAUGGAAACAUGUCGAGCGCUUGUGUGUUCUUCAUAAUGGAUGAGAUGAGAAAGCGGUCAAUAAAGGAAGGAAAAGAGACCACCGGAGAGGGACUCGACUGGGGAGUGCUCUAUGGAUUCGGGCCAGGGCUCACCAUGGAGACUGUCGUCCUCAAAAGUGUGGCUAUUUAAGAUUUUUAUGCUAUAUUUUUUCUCUUUGGUUCAGUUGAUGCAGCGUUCUACCAAACAGUAUUAUAAAAGAUGAUGUAUGAGAUAUGCAAUGAAUAAAUGGAUGAAUAAAAAGCCUGAUUGAGUGUGAUAUGGAA